AUGGUUUUUCGCAACUUCUCCCGCACCGGUGGCGGCAUGGCAUUCGGCAGCAUUGGACAGUACGCUGAUGCGCCUGAUUAUAUCCACAACGUCUCCGUCAGCGACAUGGCAGUAAAGCAGCUCAUACACCCGGGAUACGGCGGUGCAAGUGUAAGUGGCGGUGCCUGUUUCAAAGAGUGUGUUGGCUUCUCCGCUGGAGUGCCUCCGCAAGGCGGUGGCGGCGGCACUGGCGAGGUGUCAAACAUCACGUUCACGAAUUUGAGGGUGGAAGUUGCGCAAGCUAUCUACAUUAACAAGUGCUACCAUAAGGUGGAUAUACAGGCCAACUACUGCGACACAUCCACUUUGGUGAUUGAGCAUCUCUCGUUUACCAACGUUUCUGGGACGGUGCAAGGGACAACUGGCAUUGCGUUGGAUUGCUCGCUAGCGGCUCCGUGCCACGAUCUUUCCUUUUUUGGUGUCGACCUAAGAGCGUCCGGAACGGACAUCCCAGCAAAGGUUGUAUGCGACAACGCUAUAAAUGUGACGGGUGUGACAUGUCAGGAAGACUAG